AUGAUGCCACGGUCCUUGUCGCGCCAGUCGCAGUCGACUGCAGCCCAGAAUGGAAAUAUGCCCUCUUUUGGAUACCCGCGAGUUAGCAACGGCGCAACCCCGAACGACCCUCUACAACCUCUGCGCGCAAUGGCUGAUCGUGUCGGGAAAGAGGUGGAAAAGUUCGCCGAGCGUGUCGACCACUGGCAUACUCAUGGCAACGAGUCGAAAAAGACAAAGUACCAGACGACUGUCAAAUUGGUCGGAAGGUUCCAGGACGUUGCUGAAAUGCAUGUUAAGGAGCUGAAACGAACAACCGAAGCAGAGAACAAGGGAACUCUGAACAGAAGCGUUCGGAGACAGAUUCAGAAUAUGGCAGAUGCUUCAGACAACGCGGGCCAGAAUGUCUUUGCCCAAUCCUCCCAGUCCGCUAUGCCGUCCUUCGAGUCCUCCAGCACCCCCGUAUCUGCAAACGUCCGCGAGUUGCGCGAGUGGCAGGCAGAGCUUGCGACGUGGAAGCUGCUGAAACUCGUCAUCGAACAUUACCACUCUGAGCCGGGUACUGACGUGGCCGCGGAGAAGGCGGCACGAUUAGAGGCGGUGGGGGAGCAUGCACGCUAUGGCAAAAACAGCGAGAUUUGGGAUCGGUUUCUAUUCGAGGACGACCAGGCGAAAGAGAAGGCCCUCGUUCUUCGCUGGCUGGAACAGACGGCGCGGGAUAGCGAGAGCGAUAUCAAGGCAAUUAUCACUGGGCUGGAGGAACACUCUGGAAAGGGCGUACAUACCUGGACAAGCGGUUGGCUCGAAACCAAGUCGAAGAUCAAGCAGGCAAAGCGCAUGGAGGGUACAGAACAGCCUCUCAAGCCCAUCGACUCCAACAUCAAGACUACGGACAGAACUGCAAAUCUCGUUACCCAACUGGACCCAGACGCUCCGUCGAGGCAAAAACGUGCACUUGAGAAGAGCGACGAAUACUACGAGCGCUCGCUUUGGAUGGUUGCCUACGAGAUGAUGCGACGUGGACUGCCCUGGAAGACCAUUAUGGACUGGUGCUACGAGCGGAAUGAGUCGUGGCGAGGCUUCAGUAUUGGGGCGGCGUACGAGGGCCAUCCAGAACAUGGCCCAAAUGUCGCUGGGCCAACUGUUGGCUACAUGUUCCGUCGCAUGUGCUUCUACGCAGCAAGAGGCGCUCGGAUACCUUACGAAGGCGCUGUCUACGGUUUACUCAGUGGAGACCUGAAACAAGUGCAGGCGGUUUGUCGAUCCUGGGAUGACCAUUUGUAUGCGCACUACAAUGCCCUUUUACUGUCACGAUUCGACCUAUAUCUGCAAAAGAACCAUCCGAAGCGCGUGCCGGAGAGCUUGGCUCGGAAAUUUCUCUUCCAAGACGCUGUCGCCAACAUUGGAGACUGGGAGACAUCGCCGCAGAAGGUGAUUGGACUUCUAAAAAAGGACAGAAGCACGGCGAGCCAAUCGUGCUCUCCUAUCAAACUCAUCCAAGGUGCACUCAUUGGCAAAGACACAGAUGAGCUGAUGCUCAAGGUCGGCGUUGCUCUUGCAGACAUGUUUGAGAACGAUGACCGUCCCCACAGUCUGAUCAUACACCCCGACUCACUGGAGGAAGACCGGGGCCCAAAGCCUGUGGGGCAAGAGCGAACAUACCAAGCGGAGCACUACUACAAGAUCCUCGCCAAGGAUCCUCAUGCCUUUCGCAUACUGGUACAUCUCUUCAUCGUCCUUCGCAAUGGACUACACACAAUGUUUGAUGAUACACAUCAAGACAAGGCGUUCCUCGCCACGGAGAACGUCAUUGCUGCUUACAUUGAAUUCUUGCGCCUCACGAAGCGGUUUGAUGCGAUUCCUCUGUACGCAGCGCAACUUCUCGAAGAGCGAGCAUCUUACACGCUGGCGCGAGUUCUUCCCGAUAUCAAGAACAGUUCGGAGCAGCAACACUCUAUAUCUUUGAUGGAAGCAUACAGGAUCGACGUCAUCCAAGUAGUCUCCCAGAGCUUCACAUUUGCUGCCCGGGAUAGUGGUUUCACACACUUCACCAAAGAAGGCUACAGUGUCAUCACAAACCCCAUCAACCGUUUCGAUAUUCUAGAAGAUGUCGAGAACGCUCAGGAUCGCAUGUUGUGGCCUGGUGUUCGCGUCAAGAAGACGUUUGACGGUGCAGUCAUUAGUCCACAAGACGAGAUCAUUAUCAAUGCACUGCAGUGGUACAACUACAUUGGGAAGGAUUGUGAACAUACGUUUGAGCACUUGAACAACGGACUGACCAUAUUCUUGCUCAACGGUCGUAUCGCUGCUGCUGAGAAAGUCAUUAGCGAUCUCAGCGUGGAGUCACUAUCACUAUCGCGGACAGAGGCUCUACUCGGCUACCCCUUUGACUUCAUGACUUCAGGGACAGAAGAACAGGACGAACGCCAACUCCACGAGCAUCGCGAUAACCUAUCCACAGCCGCACGAGCUGCUGCCAUCCCACUGGCACAGCUACCUGAUGCAGAUCAUCACAGAGAAAUGGUCCUUUACUUGCGGAAAAACAGCUCGUCAUACUACGAUCUCCAGCAAAUCGUCCGUCUACUUGUCCUUUUCCGUGAAUGGCGUGAGGAAGAAGAGGCGCUUAUACAAUUUCGUCGCGAAAUUCUGAAAGAGCCCACGGCCGCAAAGUCUAAGCCUGACACGCAACAUACGAAGGAAGUCCUGGACUCUAUCACAUCCAUCUUCGACACCCUAAUACCAUCCAUCAGUGCAUCUGUCGCUUCUGACCCGCAUUACCUAACAGAGCAAACCUGGGAGUUGAUGAAGGCCUACGUUCCCAACAUGAUUAUCGCUUAUCUCUCUGUGCUUCAAUCCGCAUCAUGGUUCCUAAACAAGGACCCAGCGAUCAAGGCCAUGGAGGUAGCCGUCGUAGUGGCAGACAAGGGCAACGAAUGGGUUCAGAAGAUCUUGCUGGAGACUGGGAGAAUGAGCGAUGUACUGGAGCGCUUGGCGCGCGUGAGCCACUGUAUGCUGAGGCUCAAUGAGAGUGGCAAGGACAAGGCAAGCAAGAAGAGGGGCGGCAAGGGUGAAACACUAAGGCUGUGGGACCUGGGUGCGCGGUAGAAAUUUAUUACGACAGAAAGGGGGGUUGGUUUGGCUGUAAGAUUACGAGGGUGAUAUUAUCUGAGCUAUGUGGCAUGUGUUCGGCGCAUGUUCUGGGGAGCAAAACAUGCAUGUAGUCGGAAUCCAUUAAUCAGCAGCACUCGGUAGUAAGAGAACAAUCAUGUUUGCUCCUCUUCUCUUUGGAGAAGCGAAAACUCUACGAGUGGAAA